GUGCUUUCAAGAGCUUUUUCUUGAAAUUAGACAUGACAACGUCCUUUUUAAGAUCAUUUUUGUCCAAGUUUGUAGGUGUUUAAGGCUAAGCCCAUUUAAUUUGAACCGAAACAUUUCAGCACUAAAAGUACUCUUGUGCCGUAAAAGCAGUUGGAUGUGGGCAAAACAGCUUUGUAGUUAUGAAGAUGUGAAUUACGAAAGAAAACUGACGUGCGAGGGUUGUGGGGGAGUGAAACAUGCAAAUUUGAUUUUAUCAACGACGGUAUUGGUGGAAACAUGGUAACAUUAAGGACAUUCAGUUGAAUGAAAAUUGCUCAUUGAUUCUCUGGUCGGGAAUGUUGAGUGCCGAUUUGAAAGACACUGAAAUUUUAAUUCUAGAAUUUUGUGACUUUUCAUGUUGGCUUCAUGCUAUUUUAAGGCAGUAUAAACAGGGUAUCAUAUUUUCAAAGGGAGUCCAAAAGAGGUCUAUUUCACAGUACCCUUGGAUUCGUAGAUCUAAUUCAGUUUUUUAAGGCUAUGGGGAACUAAAACUUAUAUAGCUGUUUACUUAGAAAGUUCUUUUGUCAGUUUUAAGUACGAGUUUGGAAAGGCUAUAAUCGGUUGAACAAACAUGUAUCUUUUUCUUUUUCACACUUGUCCCUUACAAACUUACUCACAUUUUUAACCUCACUUCCUUUUUAGGAAUCAAAGAUGCCGAAGAAAAAAAGAAAGCGAUGACGGAGAUAUUUGAAACAUUGCCCACUCCAAAUCGUCUUACCUGUGUUUAUCUACUGGAUCAUCUAAGAAGGUCUGUAUGUAUAUGCGUUAAUACUGAUAAAUACUUAUGUUAAGAAUAAUAUAUUUAUUAAUAUAGUGGCUAAAUGUCUUAGUGGCAAAAAUUAAUUCGCUUCUCCGGAAGAUGAAAUUAAACGCGAGGCAGUCCUAGCCAGCGGUUUCUGAAGUUGCGGCUCGGGUGUGCUGCGGGGCAAGACGCUGAGCUAGCAAGCCUUGAAGACCCAUCAGGGCUCAUGUGCUUGUAACCACGAGGCUCAGCCAUACUUUAGGUACGUAAUAUCACUAUAAAAAAUAUCCGACGGUCCUUGCAGAGGUAAGGAGAAUGUUAUGAUCAAACGUGCUAAAAGAGGCGAUUGGGUGUUUAGAAUACAGUUAAAUGUAAUGCCCUUGCGGGGUUUAUUCUAGAAAUUGGCCAAUGAGGGUCAAAUGGGCCCCCUUCCUGUAAUUUUAGGGGGCCCUUUUUCAAGAAAGGGGGUCCCCCAAAAGGUAUUUGAACUUAUUGGUACAGACUGUUCCAUGAGAAAACGAACGUUUAUUGACGCUUUGCCGCCAUUUUGGAACAUUUUGGGCAGGUGAAAAAACGUGGGCACGAAUUACUGCAGAAUCCCGGAUGUUUGUCUGGUGAAAAAAUAACUCAAACAAAGAAGAGAAAGGCAAUUGAGACAGUAAGAGGCUAUGAAGGUUCAAAUUAAGUUUAUAGAGCGGCCAUCAAAUCAGUGUUGUUGUCAGGGAUGUUUUCGAAAACUUUAUUUCAAAAAAUAGUACUUAUCCUUCAGUCUAUUCUUUUGCGCCCCAUUUGACGCGGCAACGUAAAUUUCAUUCGGCAUUUUUUUUUCCAAAUUGCGGAAAUCCAGCAAGGCCGCGCUCUAGAAUAAACCCUACCCUUGAUGAAGAGCAGCUCGUUGAUUAAACGGGCGAAGUUGCGUGUAAAUUUCCUCAAGGCUUUGAAGAGAUGAUUGUUGGUUGACUCUGUGUUCAAAGCAUGUUACAUGACAGGAUACUUUCCGAUCGCAGAAGCGACGAAUGAUUGGCUGGCGUAUUAAGUUUGCUUUUCUAACUUAAAUUUGUAAUAAUUGUUUGAUAGAUUAAGUGUGCAUCAAGAUCAGAACAAGAUGGGGCAAAAUAACUUGGCAACUGUAUUUGGUCCCAACGUUCUCCGUCCGUCUUCAAGUAGCGGGACUGACCCAACAGAUCUCGCGCAAGGUACACUGGAUGUUAUGAGCCAAGUAGGAAUAUUCUUGUGGUUCCUGAAAUGUAGCUCUCUCCAGCUCCCCACAGAUCCAGAGCUCAUGCGUAGACUUGAUCCUGGAAGAAUGCUUGAAGCUGCAACCUUGCCAUCCGAGAGUCCAGGUAGACUGAUAUGAUACCCUGAGAUACUAGCAAAUAAUCAGGCUCAAAUUAGUGAUUCUCACGCAAGUGUGGAUGCACGCUCGUUAUAAAGCUCAACAUAACCGGAAAGAGUGUGUUGGGCGCCAGUGUUACGUAAGCAUUUGGUCCUCGGUGCCUCGCUAUCACGAAACUCAUUCCCAGGACGUUCUUCGCGCUCGUAUAACCUUGUCCAGGGCCUCUCCGCCAUUUGGAUUUCAUAGAGAUCCCUGGGGAGUUGGUGGAAGUCAGUGUCUUAUACAGGCACGACUGUUACGUAACGAACUGAUUAUUUCGCUGACAGUAAGAAGAAGUGAGCCUCAAAAGAGCUCUAAGAUCGCCAAGCUGAGAGAUCUUCAAAGUAACUCAUCCUCACGGGUUCCAUGUUUUAUGAGGCAUUUUGAGAGUUCGUUAAAAUAAGAGGACCUCGAGGCAGCAAAUACGGCUUCGUGGAUUUUACUAUUCAGUCUCAAUAAGGAAAAUAGUUCAGUUAGAUUUUCUCCAAGUCUCGGUGGACUUGUUUUAUAUCGUAUUUUGGGAAUCCUUCGAGUUCUUGGAAGUUUGUAUUCUUUAUCCCCCAAAGGAUUGUUUUUUAGUUACGCAACGUUUUGUUGUCAAAUUUUUGUUUUAUCGUUUUACCAUUAUUUUAGUUUAGAACCAUUUUAUGUAUUCCAUUUAAAGCUGCGUAGGUAGUACAUAUAAUUAGGGAUUGUUUUUUGUUCCAUAGUACGCGCACAUUAUAUAAUUAUAAAAUUCAUACGUGGCUACGAGGCUAAAGUGCAUAAAACAAAGGCAAUUGCAUUAACGUUCAAGGAUUAUAUUUAAAUUAAUGUUUUUUUCAUUCUUCUCAGCCUCGGAGAAGAUAAUUCGAACUGGCCUACAGAGCGUUUUCACUUCCGCGGCCAGCAUCUUAGCAAAUUUAUUGGAGCAAAAGAAAUUGUUUAAAUAAGAAAAGAAUUCAACUUCCACAGGAUUGAUCUGAACCCACAACAUGGCCGCCCUUUCAUUGUUUCGGAACACCAAUAUGGCCGCCGUGACGUCACGUGAACACGCUCUGUUGAGAAAGGCCUAUGUUCAUCCAGACUGCUUUGCGUUCUUCUUUGUUCACUGUGAGAUGUUUCAGUUGUCAACUUUUUCAGUCCUAGACGGAUUUAUUGUGAAAUGAUUUGUCUUUUGCGUCUGGGGACGAAAUCUCACGUUGUUGCCAAUUAAAUGAAAUCCCUUUGGCAGAAGUUUUGCUGAGUACCAUUUGGAUCUUAGGAUUUUACAAAAACAAAUUUAAAUUUCUUAAAGAAUUUCCCUUUGGCCACUAUCAGGCGUGAAACGAUCAGUUUAGUCCUCAGGUUCAGGCAAGAAAAAAUAGCGAAAAUGGCUAUAAUUAAUUUAUUGAAAGUAGCGCGUUAAAAUGGCAUUUCGUUCACACAUCUUCUGUGUAAAAAUUAGCGCAGACAUCAAAGCGCUGUGAGGAAAAAUGGUUCUUACUAUUCUUACAGUGAAAUGUGCUUCACUUAUGAUGACACUUAUUUUUUUCUGCCUCUUUGUGAUCGCAGCAGUAAAAAGACUUUCUGUUUUAGAUAAUGGUUCGCGAAAUCUGUUCAGUGAUAUAAGGGUCAUUUUUCAAAACCCAGUCAAUUUUUCAAGUCGGUUUCUAUAUGAUUCGUACCAAUCACAUCCCCUUAGAGCAGUUCUAAUACAGGCCGUUCCGUUCUUUUAUGUUCAUAGAACCUUUAAAAAGUAUGAAAUUUUAAAACAGUUGUUUGUUAGUCAAUUUAUAAGGCUGAAUUUCAAUGCUUAGGCCCGGUUCAAACGUCACAGAUUUUCCUCAUUAGCGUUAAAUUCGGCACAUAUGACUGCGACUUUUGAACCGGACUUUACAUUGGUUUUCGUUUUAUGUUGUAACAGCGACUCAAUUUUGCAAUGUAUUGUGUUUAAAGAAGAGUUUUCUUUACACCAGAGAUGCAGAAAUGUUUUGGAUUUAGUAAUUUACAACAAGAAAAAUGAAGGAGGUUGAAGUCCCUUUGUUUUCUCCUGUUUAUAGUUAGUAAAUGUAAGCAGUCAUGUAAAAUUACUUUUAAGUAAGCUUGUGUACUUAAACUAAGUACACGUCUUGGAUAUCUUAAUAUAAUUAAAAUUAUUUAUAUAAAACUAUAGACGACCUAAGUUAUAUGAAUUAUAAAAUUAGUUUUUUCAACGAUAGUUGAAAAGUGAUAAGAUUUUGUGGUUAUUUUUGUCAAAGCUAAGUAACUUAGUUCAACAGCUUAGCGUUCAAGCAAAUCAACUUACAGUUACAGCCGUGGGUUGUCACGCAACACUUGAUGGGACAGAGUGUUGCGUGACGAUUUACACAGCCGCUUCAAUAGGGUGGUCAGUCCUAUCCUUAAGGAAGUUCUUAAUGUAUUUGUAAGCGAGUUUGUUGUUAUGAGGAGAUUAUUUGUAAUGUGAGAUGCUUGACGUAAUGCCUUUAAGACAACUUCGCUACAAAGGUUCUUGGGAAUCUGCCCACCUACCCCUCCCCUAAGCCAACAUUUUGCCCUAAGUGAGAAGUAUGUGUUAAUGUUAGCUUAGGGGAGGGGUAGGUGGGCAGUUUCCCAGAAACGUAUAAUGAUCUUACAGGAAAGUGGC